AUGUCGAUUGAAGUACAAUGCCGAAUCGCCUACCACGACAACGACGACGACGAAGACGACAAUGACGACGCCAAUAGUACAUGGUCAACACCGCUGGACCCGCUGAGACGGAAAAAAUGCUCUAUGAAGGGGCUGGUGGCAGUCACUUUGACGGUCGGCCUCCUGACACUGAUUACGACAGGAGUCACCUAUCCUUCGAGAAACGUGAUAUGUGCGUGCCAAUCUGGAGAAAACGCCAUUUUAACCGACAGAGACCUGUACGAACUCACCAAGUCUGGUAGGAAUUUCUUCUUCCUCGAGACUGCUGGCUCGACCUGCCUAAACAGUCGACAGUCGUGCAGCAUUGAAUCCGCCGCGCGACAGAACCCUGAAUUCACCAUAUUCUUGCUUACCCUUUGGGGUACACGGCGCUGCAGGUACUUAGACCAUCUUAAGAGCCUGCGGAACUUCAGACUGGCCAGGAUAGACGUCAACAGUCUCGUGAACGACACACCGCUCAACGGAUGGUACCACAGUGACGCCUGGAUUGUGAGUCCCUUCCGGACUAACCACUUCAGUGACGCAUUGCGGCUUCUCGUGCUUUGGAAGUACGGUGGUGUCUACGCCGACUUGGACACGCUCGUUCUCAAGAGCGUGGCCAAUCUGCAGAAUAGUGUCUCCAGAGAACGCUUCCCUCUAAUUGGAAACAGCAUGAUGUCCUUCCAGAAGGGGCAUCCUUUCCUCCUUGCAUGUCUUCAGGAAUUUGCAAUCAAUUACAAGCCGAGACGAUGGGCUUACAACGGACCACGGCUGCUGGAACGAGUCCUGAAGACGUGGUGUCCCAAAGAGCCCGUGAUGCAGCAGCCGUACGUCGACUGUGCUGACGUCAGCAUCCUACCCGGCGAAGCUUUCUAUCCAGUGUCCUACACGGAGUGGAAGCUUCCAUUUCAAGCGUCGGAAGCGAGUCAUGUCGCGAUGCUGCUUUCCAACAGUUACGCCAUUCACCUUUGGAAUGCGCUUAGCAAAAUCACAAGAAUCGAAGAGGGGUCGGCCUACGACGUUCUUCAGAAAAAUGCCUGCUCUACAACCUAUGAACUCUCCCUUUCAAAAUAA